CUUCCAGGCCUCGGCGGCCAUGAAUAAUACAAGUCCCCUCUUUAGAUUUCCCGGCGUCCAUUGCGGCGGAGGCGGCUGUCUGCCGCUCGCCAUAUUGUGUGGCUUACAAGGGGGGGAGGGGGGCUGAGGCAGCCGCUGUCGACCCGCCUCAGCCCUGGCUGCGGGAAGAGGGGACGGCGGGGGAGGGGACGGCGGCGGCAACAACGACGGGCAAGAGAGCCGAGCCAGGGGAAGGGAGCGGGCGAGCCACCGAGAGGGAGCCAGCAACGGGGCCGCUAUGUCUCAGGCUGUGCAAACAAAUGGAACACAGCCUCUAAGCAAAACGUGGGAGCUCAGCUUGUAUGAACUUCAGAGAACACCUCAGGAAGCAAUAACAGAUGGCUUGGAAAUAGUGGUGUCACCCCGAAGCCUCCACAGUGAGCUGAUGUGUCCCAUUUGUUUGGAUAUGUUGAAAAACACCAUGACUACGAAGGAAUGUCUCCAUCGUUUUUGUGCUGACUGUAUCAUCACAGCCCUCAGGAGUGGAAACAAAGAGUGCCCCACGUGUCGUAAAAAGCUCGUUUCAAAAAGGUCGUUGAGACCCGACCCAAACUUUGAUGCCCUCAUCAGUAAAAUCUACCCAAGUCGUGAUGAAUAUGAGGCGCAUCAAGAGAGAGUCCUCGCGAGGAUCAGCAAGCACAAUAACCAGCAGGCUCUGAGCCACAGCAUUGAGGAGGGCCUGAAAAUUCAGGCUUUAAACAGACUACAGAGAGGCAAGAAGCAACAGAUUGAGAAUGGUAGUGGUGCAGAAGACAAUGGUGACAGUUCACACUGUAGCAACGCUUCAACUCACAGCAAUCAGGAAGCAGGGCCAAGUAACAAAAGGACCAAAACAUCAGACGAUUCUGGGCUAGAACUAGACAAUAACAAUACGACGGUUGCUAUAGACCCAGUAUUGGAUGGGGCAAGUGAAAUAGAACUAGUUUUCAGACCUCAUCCUACCCUUAUGGAAAAUGAUGAUAGUGCGCAGACAAGAUAUAUAAAGACCUCUGGCAAUGCCACAGUUGAUCACUUAUCUAAGUACCUAGCGGUGAGACUGGCCUUGGAAGAACUCCGGAGUAAAGGAGAGUCUAAUCAGAUGAAUCUUGAAACGGCGAGUGAGAAGCAGUACACGAUUUACAUUGCUACAGCUAAUGGACAGUUCACUGUGUUAAAUGGCUCUUUUUCCUUGGAGCUGGUCAGCGAAAAGUACUGGAAAGUGAAUAAGCCCAUGGAACUUUACUACGCACCAACGAAGGAACACAAAUAAGCUUGACAAAGGCUUUGAGUUGGAACUGUACUUGCUUUUAUAGCUCUGGCUUACUUUUAAGUGAAACACCAUCCUUUGAAUCAUGGACAACUGCUGAGAGAGACCUGGGUUCUUUGGUGAAUAUUAUUAACAAUUAGACAGUAUUUGUGUGAUAUUUGUCUUUUGCUCCCCCAGAGGACUGAACAGUCUGUACAUUCCAUUGUUGCUAUCAAAUAUGCUUUUUAAAUUGGUGGUUUUUGUUUUGUAUGUUUAAUACUAGAAGCAGGAAGUGUAUCUGGAGUAUCAUGCUGGUUGGCUUCAGAGUGGCAGAGUUCAGCCAGCACUUUGAUAAGUAUUGGCAAGAGGCAGUAGGGAGGGUUACAUCAUAUGGCUAGAAUCAGUCUGCUAGUACAUGUGAUGCUGGGAGGAAAAAAGAAAAGAAAAACAGCUCCCACACAUUACUCACUGGGAAGGAGAGUCCUUUUCUAAAAAUUGUAAAUAAAUGAGUGGUUCUCACGUAAUGUUGCCUGUGUUCCCAAACCGGGAGCCAGCAUUUGGAAUGUGUGUGUACUCCCUACCUGGGUGCAAAUUCCCUUCCAACCGCCAAUCUGAACCCUAAGGUUACCUUUAAGCAGUAUAUCAACCCAGACUUUAGCCAUGGUUAACAGUAAUGAAAGCAUGACAGGGGUGCUUGUCCUAGGUGAGACUGCAGGAGAAAGGGAGUACAUGUUUCUGAAGCCAGCUCUCAGCCUAAUAGGGAGCUAUUAAGGGUUCAGGGGGGGAAAAUCCCUGCUGCAAGGCUGGGAGGCUUCAGGAUCAAGCAGCUAACUAAAUGAAAGCAAAAUGAAAAGCACAACACAUUUUAUCUUUCUAGAGCACGCUCAUGAUAUUCUUCGUGCAGGAAAUAAUAUUUUUGACGUUUCCCCAGUCUUUCUUAGCCUCACUAAUAAACAUCUGGCACUUAGGGAAAUGUAUUGACGACAAAGCGCUUAGGUGGCGUUUAGUCUGCAUCUGAUUCAAAAGUCUGAACUCAACAUUUGGUUGGCUCUGUGUUGAGGCUUAAACAUAGCCGUGACUGGCUUUGUUGAAUCAGCAGUGUAUCUUACCCAUAGCUGUUGCCUACAUUUACUGAGUCACCAUUCUGUAAGGCUGAUGAUGAAACAGACUUCUUUACUGAAACUUUUUUUUUAGUGCAGUACCUGGGUCUCUGCCUCGUAAAAUUAGGAACAGAGCUUAAUCCUCUUCAUUAUGAUUGUUUAUGCGAAGAACCUAGCAACCACACUCCCUUGACCUGGCUCCACGCUGUUUAGGGGAGACACAUGAUUAUCAGUUCUUUUGUCUUGCAGAACUCAAUUUUCAUAGUACUUAUUUUUAAAACUUCAAUACUGAACAUUCCUAAAUUAUGUUAGCAGUUUAUGCCAUGAAAAUUACAAGAAGUCUGGGGUGGGGAGGGAGGGAGUACCAUGUCUAUUUGAUUUUUGUUGAGUACUUUUGGUGUAACGUACAACUUAAAUAGCUUGCUAGUGCAUGUCCACUAAAUAUAAUCUGAUUUCUUUUU